AUGGACGCGGCCCGACGUCGAGAUUAUGCGAACGCGCCGACCUUGAGCUGGGUUCAGUGGCUCGCGCGAUCGGCCAUCGUCGCCCGUCAAACGCACCGCUUCCGACACGAUGCGCAUGCAUUACGAGCGGCAGACGGUAUCGGCCGUAAACGGCCGCGUUAUUGUAACAUUCCCCCCGUGGAUUUAUCGCGCGUCGAGCGGCGCUGCGUAAAUAUAAUUAGAGAGGCAGUUUAUCACGGCGGUGGGGCGUUCGCUAUCGCCGCCGUUAAUCUCGCCGCGCGCCCGACGGCUCAAUCCGCCGACGGGGCGAGCGGAAUGUCGCGGGCGAGGGCGCGGAUCAAACGCUGUACGCGGAUGUCGCGCCGGCGGAUCUCCGCACCCUCUCCUGAAUUGGGCUUAUUAGUACGCGGCAUUCGGCUAAUUUACGGCCGCGAUGAGCUUUCAGAAGAAGCAAGAAGCCGAUGCUGGCUGUGG